AUGAAAUUUGCAGAACAUUUGUCAGCACAUAUUACUCCAGAAUGGAGGAAACAAUAUAUAAAUUACGAGGAAAUGAAAGCAAUGUUAUAUACUGCUGUAGAGGAGGCUCCUGCAGCAGAUUCCGUAGAACCAGAAGUGUUGGCUAGACAUUUUGCACAUUUCGAUGAACAGUUUUUCCACUAUUGUGAUAAUGAACUUAAGAAAAUUAAUACUUUUUACUCAGAAAAACUUGCCGAAGCCACCAGGAAAUUUGCUGCUUUGCACACAGAGUUAAAAGCAUCUUUAAGAAUGGGUAGCAAUAAAAGCAAGCGAGAAACAGCAAAAAAGGCCCUCUUGCCAUACCGCAAAGUCCAGGAAUUAAAAUUGGCUUUUAGUGAAUUCUAUUUAUCUUUAAUAUUACUCCAGAAUUAUCAGAAUUUAAAUCAUACGGGUUUCAGGAAAAUACUCAAAAAACAUGAUAAGCUUUUAUCUGUUGAAAUUGGUGCCAAAUGGCGAAAGGAGCAAGUCGAGACUUCACAUUUUUUUACAAAUAAAGACAUUGAUAAACUUAUUAAUGAAACUGAAAGUGCUGUGACUAAUGAUUUAGAAGGUGGUGAUCGCCAAAGGGCGAUGAAAAGGCUGAGAGUACCUCCCUUAGGCGAACAACAAAGUCCCUGGACAACUUUUAAAGUCGGACUAUUUUCCGGAAGCUUUAUUGUCUUAGUAAUAACAGUCAUACUCUCCGCAAUUUUUCGAGACACAACAACCGAAAGUCUCCUGAUAGCAUUCAGACUCUACAGAGGUCCUCUUCUGAUAAUCGAGUUUAUUUUUCUUCUCGGAGUCAACGUUUACGGUUGGCGUUCAUCAGGAGUGAACCAUGUCUUGAUUUUCGAGCUGGACCAAGAAAUCAUCUAUCUGAGCAGCAUUUGA